AGACGCAAUUAUAUCGAUACUAUCGAUUCCAUAACUAUUCAUAUUUUACCGUCUCGAACUCUUUCAUUUCGACCACGUGCUGGAACUGGUAAUAUCCGUAUCGAGAAUAUUUGCUGAAACUCAUGUAACAAAAUGUCGGAAACUUCAGAGGACGAACAGACGCAAUUGCAAACCAGUGACGAAGAGGAGGAUCUAAGUGGGGAAGAGGAGCAGGAAGAUGGAGAGGAAAUUGCAGAUAACGAUUAUGAAGAAGAGGACGACGAGGCGGCACAAAGUGGCGAAGAUGAGCCAUCUAAAGGCUCCGAGCCGGAGGACGACACAGCAGAUGAUCAGAAGCUAACCUGGAAAGAUCUCGGUCUCAAUGAGACUUUGUGUCAAGCAUGUGACGAAUUAAAGUGGAAAGCCCCUUCAAAGAUUCAGCGGGAGGCUAUUCCGGUAGCCCUACAGGGCAAGGAUGUGAUUGGCCUGGCGGAGACCGGUUCCGGCAAGACAGGAGCCUUCGCUCUACCCAUUUUACACGCCCUUCUCGAGAAUCCGCAGCGGUAUUUUGCCCUCGUGCUAACUCCCACGAGGGAACUGGCCUUUCAAAUUGGCGAGCAGUUUGAGGCCCUUGGUAGCGGGAUCGGCAUAAAGUGCUGCGUGGUUGUCGGCGGCAUGGACAUGGUAGCUCAGGGCCUUCAAUUGGCCAAGAAGCCGCAUAUUAUUAUUGCUACACCGGGUCGCUUGGUUGAUCACCUAGAAAACAUGAAAGGUUUUAACCUUAAGGCUAUUAAAUACUUGGUCAUGGACGAGGCGGAUCGCAUUCUCAACAUGGAUUUUGAGGUGGAGCUGGACAAGAUCCUGAAGGUAUUGCCACGUGAACGACGAACAUUUCUGUUUAGUGCGACUAUGACCAAGAAGGUAAAGAAACUGCAGCGCGCCUCCCUCAAGGAUCCGGUAAAGGUAGAGGUUUCUAACAAGUAUCAGACGGUUGAGCAGCUGCAGCAAUCAUAUUUGUUCAUCCCUGUUAAAUACAAGGAUGUGUAUUUGGUUCAUAUCCUCAAUGAACUGUCAGGCAACAGUUUCAUGAUAUUUUGCAGCACCUGCAAUAACACAGUUAAGACAGCAUUGAUGCUUCGUGCGUUGGGAUUGGCUGCUAUUCCGCUGCAUGGUCAAAUGUCGCAAAACAAGCGACUGGCUGCCUUAAACAAAUUCAAGGCCAAAAAUCGCUCAAUACUCAUUUCGACGGACGUGGCCUCCCGCGGCCUGGACAUUCCUCACGUGGAUGUCGUCGUAAAUUUCGACAUACCAACGCACAGCAAAGACUACAUCCAUCGCGUAGGAAGAACAGCAAGAGCGGGUCGCUCCGGCAAAGCCAUCACCCUCGUGAGCCAGUACGACAUUGAAUUGUAUCAGCGCAUCGAACAUCUGUUGGGGAAGCAACUACCACUGUAUAAGUGCGAGGAGGAUGAGGUGAUGGCCCUUCAAGAGCGAGUCGCCGAGGCGCAGCGCACCGCAAAACUGGAGCUGAAGGAUCUGGAAGAUACAAAGGGUGGCAAGGGCCACAAGAGAGGCGGGGACACCCUUGAUGAUGAUUCGGAGAACUUCACGGGCGCACGCAAGCGCAUGAAACCGAUGGGCGCCGUUGGUGGUGGACACAAGCCUGGGGGAGGUGGAAGAAAGAGCUUUGGCAAAAAGAACUGGAGCAAGGGCAAGCAAAAGAGAUAGGUCAGUCUGUAUAAAAGAUAAGUCUCGAUUUUAAUUAGUGCUACUUUUAUAAUAAUGUAAUCAAGAUUUUUAAUAGAAAGUAGUACUGAACUUUAAGUUUAUUGAUAGUUUCGAUAAUACAAAAUAUUUGUAAAAAUCAUAUA